GCAGUCGAUCGAACUUCCACUUUUGCGCGUUUGGCUUCUUUUAUGAGACUAGCAGAGGGCUUCUCAUUUUUUUUUUCUUUACCUACUUAGGCUUACUUAUCGGUUUAUCGUUCCAUUUCUUCUUUGAUCUCUGUAACCACCUCCAAAUGUUCGCAAAAUUUCUCUCGCGAGUGAAGGCCAUUCCUGCACGCUCUGGCGACUGGGCGAAUCGUCUGGGCCCGGUCGCACUCAUGGGCUACAGCGGCGGUGCACGCUCCAGCGACGUCAAGCUGCUCGACAACUUCUAUCGGAGUCCCCGCGAUUGCGACAUGUACGCUGAGCUGACGUUUCACGAACCCGGGCCGGUGGAGUGUCCCCCUGAAACUGUCGUCUUCUUCCCUGUAGUCAAGUGCGGCAACAUGCUCGACGGAGGAGUCAAGCACGACGCGGCAACGCGAGAUGACUGGUACCUGGCCACCACGGAGGCCACCACCGACUUGCUGGAGAAAGGCUACAUCCCCAUCAGCGCAGGCGGUGACGGAUCCGCCACGUUGGCUAUGGUCGAGGCCUACAAGCGGCUCUUCCCAACGGAGGAGGUAGUGCUAAUUCACUUCUCCGCGAGACCGUCACUGGAAACUCCAGAGAAGCCAAUUCGUGUCCUGCUUGAGAAAGAUCUACUGAAGGGCGUCAUCGAGGUUGGAAAUCGCUGCGUCUCCUCCUACGAUCGGAAGGUACGCAAGCAGCACAAGGUCAUGUACAUGGAUAUCCAGGCCAUCUACGCUAAGGGUCUGUUUUGCAUUCGCGACAUCCGCAACGACUUUCCCGUGUUCAUCAGCAUCGACGCGGACGUCCUCGAUCCGGCUUUUGCACCUGCGGUGGAGUCACCUGUGCCAGGCGGUUUCACCACGCGCGACCUCCUGCACGUCAUGACCAGCCUUCGCGGACCGAAGGUGGCGGGGAUCGAUAUUCACGGCUACCGGCCGGAACUGGAUAUUUGCCGUGGCGACGGGUUGGGCCUCACGCAACUGGCCCUUUCGAAGGUGCUGAAGGAAUCUAUUGUUAAGGCCUACGUCAUAUCGACGCAGACGGAGGAAGAGGGUUUGGAGAGAGUCCGCGUAAUGCAACGGCAGGGCACCAUUUCCGACAACCCCUAUCCGGACUAUUAG